GGCCAGGUCGCCAAAAACGGGUAAAGCGGAGUGCUCGCUUGGGUACAGCCGUGAUCCUAUAAAUGCGGGCUCGCCCUGGGCCCUAUUCAUUUCCCAACCACUUCCUGCCCAAGACCACCCGGCUCGCCCAGCAAGAGGCUCAACAGCCGGCGACAGUCGUUCAAAGGUAAUCGCACCGUUACUGACUCCUACAGGUUAUCGUCAUCAUGGCUCGCUUCCGUUGCCCCUCUCGUUCCCUGAGCUCCAUAGGGUCCGUGCAAAACGUCGUAACGGGAAAUUCCGCGAGCAAGCGUCCUCCCCCAGCCCGUGUCGAGACUGUUGACGAUUUCGAGGCUGGUCCUAGGAGGCCUAACCACCAACUACGCCCUCAGCCCACCGCGGGCCCUUCUCGCCCUCAGCCCACCGCGGGACCGUCUCGUCCUCAGCCUACGGCGGGCCCGUCUCGCCCUUCGAAGAAGACGAAAGGCAAGGCCCGUGCCUCCGUCAAGAAAACCCAGGCGGGCAGGGUAGCGGAGCUGCGCAAGGAGAUCAAGAAGACCAUUGCCCAGGUCAAGUCGAACCGCAUUCAGUGGUCCUUUGUCUUCGUUGGAAACCUGAGCUCUUCGGUCGAGAAGGAGCAUAUCUGGAAGCACUUCUCGGACAAGUGCGGACCCAUUGCUCGCAUCGAGAUCCGGGCCAGCAGUGGUGUCUGCGUCCCUACCGGCAACCUCCCCAAGCCGUACUGGGGCCUGGGGACACCCGUCGAAGGCGUCCACUACGCCACCAUCCACUUCACUACUCCCGACGGAGCUAGGAAGGCCAUGGACUUGUCCGGAACCGAACUGGGGGGCAGGAAUAUCAUCGUGACCUUCAACGUCAUCGACUUGCCCGAGACUAUCGAGAUCGUCCAGGAGCAUCUUCAGAAAAAGGAUCCGCAGCCGGAGAAGCGGUCGUUCUGGCAAAACAAGUACGGACAACUCAAACGUCUUACGGUCGAGAAGACGGAGUAUAUAUCCGAGGCUCCGAAGAAGGCGACUGGGCCUACGAAGCUGGUUGCGGGGAUCGCCAAGCGGGUAGGGAUAUUCGCUGCUGGCGGGAACACCACUGCUGGAGAUCAGAACAGGAACGGCCACGCGCCCCAGCGGCCACUCGUGUUCGCUGGGCAAAUCACUUUCCCUCAGACGCUCAUCUAGACGCCAGUCGUCCCCACAUCGUCCCUUGAAGUCCCGUAGACCAUCCUGCACAUUUACUGCUGUACAUUUCUACGUUAUUUGUCUGUAUCUUCGCAGCCAGUCUGCGCCACGUUCCUUUAUGUCACGAAGUGUUGUCUGUUAUCAUCGCAUGUACCAUAUGUUUUCCAGAAUCAAGAAUCAGU